UCUCAGUACGCUUGCAUUCCGUUGGAAAGCAUCUUGAGAUUUCUCCGUCCCUACUUGAUGGAGAUGGUCGUCUCAUGAUUCUAGCAGACUUGGUACUUGGUGGUUUUGGGUCAGAUCAUCACGGCUUAGUUCGUCCACAAUUUCUUCUUGAGAUUUCCCACUGAAAACAAUCUUUGAAACCUCAAUCGACACGCGGUGAACGAAGUAAUUGUUUGGGUCAGAGAGAUAGAGAGAAAGGAACAUCUUUGGUUUUCCAUGAUCUUGAUGCGCUCCUAUAGAAUUUGGAGCUGCUUAGACUCUCGGAUCAUCAUGAAGAUCAAAACGAACCUCCUAUUCAUAUCGUUGUUCGCCUUGGCGUCUGCCACCUACGCGCAGCAAUGCCGAGAGCGGGUUGUCGACGAGUAUUGGGCAUCGGAUGCUGACGUCAUAAUAGGCGUUAUGCAGAGUUUCUACGCUUCUUCCGAUGGGAGUACAUGUUCUCUACCAAUGAAACAUCAGGAGAUAUACCAAGCGGUUCAGGCAGCACUUGCAGCCCCACCACCAGGGAUGCAAGCACCAAAUUUCCACAUCGGUUUGGAGCGUUAUGAAUCAUGUAAAAUCACUGACCGAGCCGUCGCUGACGUCACAUACUACGCAUCCGAGAUCGUGGACCAAGUCAAUACCACAGCUCAAGGGAUAUUUCCAUGCCUUAACCCUCCCUUCAGGCCAGGCAUGAUUGGCCCCUACACAAGUGGCGAGGCUCUGGCAGUUUCCCCGAUACUGUCCAGUGCUGAGGUUCCGACGAUCAGCCAUUCUGCAACCUCCCCUUCACUCAGUGAUAAAACGGAACAUGGGUUGUUCUUUCGGACUGUCCCAUCUGAUCGUGUCCAAGCACAGGCAAUGGUGGAUUUCUUCGACAACUUUGGCUGGUCCUACGUCCAUCUGGUCUACAGUGAAGGGUCAUACGGAAUGACAGGCGCAGAAGCGUUCAAGGAAGCAGCGAAAGGUCGUGUUGCCCUGGCUACAUCGAUAACCAUUCCGUCAAGUAGCGCUGAUUAUAACCUCGUCGUUUCACAGCUCAUCGCGAAUCAAGAUGCAAAAGUUGUUGCAUUCUGGGGAUCGUCUUCGGACCUGUUCAAUCUUCAGACAUCCAUCCAGUCACGAGGUGGCGCUGCUUUGGAUCUUCAGAUAGUUGGUUGUGACUAUGACAUCCCUGUUGAUAUGUUGUCGGCUAAGGGUUUCUUCAGCAUCGCAGCAGGAGAAUUCUACAAUACCGAUGUCCAGAAUUACAUGAUGUUGAACAACAUAACAAUCAAUUACAACAAGCCGGCAACCUAUGUGCCAUCUGCCAUUGAUGCCACCCAUGUCUACGUGGAUGCCCUCCGAAGAGCGCAUUCGGACAAGUGCGGAUCCUCCACUCCUGGUAUCUGUGACGUCAUGAAGAUGAUGGGGUCGGGUGAAUUCGUGGAGAUGUACGUCAAGACGGCAGAUUUUACCGGUGUCUCUGGAAGAAGGAUAGCGUUUGAUGAGAACGGGGAUCCAGCCGUUCCCACCUUUGAGAUUAGGCAACUACAGCUUGAGGGCUCCACCCUGACGGUUAAAAAGGUUGGUCAAUGGGCUGGGUCAAACACGUUGAUGGUCUCUGGAAACGAAAUCAAGUUCUACCUUCAGAGUGGAGUAACGAACACACCACCUACGUCGUCAUGUAGCAGACCAUCGUGUACUGUGGUAUAUGAUCACUAUGACAUUCUCAAUCUAGCCGGAAUGUUUCCUGUUCAUGAGCCGGACUGCUCCACUUUGAGCCACCAUCCGGGUAUUGAUCAAGCCGAGGCUAUGCUUUGGGCCAUGGAUCAAGUCAAUAAAGACUCCUCCCUCUUACCAGGCAUGCAGCUAAGACCAAUGCUUGGUGAAUCAUGCAGCUCACCCGACCACGCAGCAUCGGUAACAUACGACUUUGUGAGGCAUUUCACUCGCCAGCCCAACCAGGCCUUCGGGCGUUACGUCAACGAGGAGAAAAUGAGGAAUGAAUAUAUGGCCGGCGUCAUCAGCCGUGUCGAUGACGCUGAAACAGUCGAGAUAGAUCAGGUUUUACAGCCUCUUGGUGUUCCACAAGUAAGCGACUCAGCCAGAUUACCAGCUCUUAGCAACAAAGCAGAAUAUCCUUAUUUCUCGCGCUUGGUAGCACCAAGCUGUUCGAUGGUCACAGCUAUAGUGGCGUUCCUCAAAGAGCACGAUCUCACCUACGUUCAAGUUACGCAGUCCCGUGAUGGAAUCUACAACACCACUGCAGCGAAUUUCAUUGAAGAAGCCAAGAAAAAUGGUAUCUGCGUUGCUCAAACCAUCACAUUUGAGCCAAUCACCGACUUCAACGGGGUCGCCGAUCGCCUUCUCGCCAAGCCUUCCGCCGACGUCGUCAUCACCUUUGCGAAUAAUGAUGAAACGCAGUUCCUGUUCAGUGCCUUGGAGCGACGUGAUCUUCCUGGAGAGUUCCUGCAGAUGAUUUAUGCUUUCACUGCGGAUACCAACUACCUUGAGAGUUCGAACAGAGUUAUUCAUACCGAUUCCAUUACUCUGAGGCGUAAGUCGACUCCUGUAGACGAUUUUGUUGAUCACUUUAUUUCUUUGACACCCCAAUCAACAAUGGAAGGAGGACUCUUUGCUGAUUCAGUUCACAACACAUGGUUUGCUGAAUACUGGAUGAAUAAGUUCCAAUGUCAGCUGGGCGGAGCAGACAUGCCUCAAUUAUUCACCACUCCGUGCUCAGGUCGAGAAUCCCUUACACGAAGAGAUGUUUACACCGCAGAAGGUGUCAUUAACGCAGUUUACGUCUACGCUCACGCCCUCACCAACCUCCAUCGUAACAAAUGCCCUGGACCACACUCAGCCGGGAUUUGUGAUAAUAUGCUUACCACAUCACCUCUGGAAUGGGCUAGGUACAUCCGACAAGUCAGUUUCUUGAGCAGAUCUGGCAGUAUGGCCCAAGUUUCCUUUGACGAGAAUGGCAAUGCACCAAGUGCUUUCAACAUAUUGGCUCUGGAUCAUUAUUUGGUCAAUAAAGUGCUCGCUACUUUUGAAGAUGACACCGGACUUGUUACAGUCGACAACCGAUUUGCUGUUGGCAGCGGUAAAGAGUCGACGUGCCGAGGAGCUUGUUACGAAUGCUCCGACACCACAGAGCGUGGUGGGACAUAUCUUCGUAUUCCAGGAGACUUUGACAUUACGGCUGUUCUUUGGUUGAGUGAGGAGGGUGAUGGCGCUAAUCUGACAUGCGGAGCGACACGUCCGCAAGAAACUAUGGCAAUUGAGAUCAUCAAACAUGCCUUGGAAGAAAUCAACAAUAGCACCCUCAUUCUUCCGGAUCUUAAACUUGGUCUGACAGUGGUAGACUCAUGUGGACAGUUCUUGGUAACUGCUCGCCAGCUCACAUCCUUGAUAGGUCGAACAGCGUCCAACUUGCCCCCUACUGGACCCAUGAUGGGUGUUCUUGGUCCAGUAAGAGAGUAUCUACAAGGUCACGUGGCUAGUGACGUCACUUCACCUUUCUAUAUUCCAACAAUUGGUUUUACGCCAGCUAGUCCUUCUGUGUUCAGCGACGAGGGACCAUAUCCGGCAUCAUCUCUUCUCAGCACUGCGCCAGCUUACGAUAACGAAGCCCUGGCGGUCGUGGACAUACUAAAAUAUAAGGGAUGGCAUCACGUGAUCUUUAUCUAUUCACAUUCCUACUACGGCCAUGCAGGCAAUGAUUCUUUCAACAAGGCUGCAAGAGCUAGUGGUAUCUGUGUUCGUGAUAGUAUUGGCAUUGAUCUAGACUCACCACAGCGUGUCCAUAACGACAUCGUCCAGACGAUCAGGGAUUAUGGAAUCACCGUCGUCGUCGCUUUCGUCGAAAGUACUGAUGCCCGAAACCUCCUGACUGCUGAGAUGGAAUCUUCACAGGGACCUAGUGAUAAGAUCACGUGGGUGGGUUCUGAUAAGUGGUUCACUGAUCCUGAUGUUGACGUCACAGCUGGACUAGAAAGGGUCGCCCGUGGUGCCAUAGUUGUCACCAACUACAUAGUUGAUUACAGCCCGCUGAAAGAACAUCUUUCUAAUCUAGACCUGGUCAAAGAGACAAAUGAAAACCACUGGCUUCGUAAUUACGUCACUGAUGAAUUGACCAAUGGCUGCACUUCUUCAGAAUGCAUCGAAUCUGUCGACCUCGGGAAACGUGGUGUGAUUCCUCCAUAUGCUCCAACUCUAAUCAACGCGGUUCAUGUUCUCGCACAGGCCAUUCACAACAAGAUUCAGAUUCUAUGUGGAAACGAAGCUUUUGUUGGUCAUGUGUACAAACGGUCCGACUACCACAACCGACCUAACGUCUCCGUUCCCCUUUGCCCUGAGUUUUUCGAUGCAUCCUGGCACGAACUGCUGUAUGCCGUCAAGGAUGUGUAUGUUUUCGAAGGGGCAGGACGACGUCCUUUCUGGUUUGAAAACCGUCAGGGUCCAGCUGAGUAUUCUAUCAUCAAUUUUCAGGGCGAAGGGUCUUCUGGACGGUUCGAAACGAUUGGUGAGUGGAUAAGUGGAGAGCUGACCAUUGAAGAUGAUAUGACCUACCUCUACAAUGAAGCCGCUAAUCAACCCAUCAGUGCUCCAGCUGAAUGCCCUUCUGUUCUUGCUGAAUGUCCUACAAGCGUACCAGAAGACCAACCUUCUGGAUGGGCAUGGAAUACUAACAUGGAGUCCUGGAGCAUCAUCUUGUUGAUUGUAACUGCUAUUGUCGGAUUCCUUUGUUUGGCUACUAUCGUUGUCCUCGUUGGGCGACGUGACUCAGCUUUGAUCAAGAGUUCUAAUCCAUUCCUGAUGUCCAUGUUGGCCAUAGGAAUCAUCCUCAUGUACCUUAACAAUAUCUGGUACAUGGUGUCCCCUGUUGGAUCCGCGUGCGGUAUCCAACGUUGGAUGACCAGUUUUUCAUACUCUGUUGUCUACGCUGUCCUAGUUACCAAGACAAUUUGCGCCAGCUUCCAUGCUCGUAACGACAGCGCCACCAAGUCCAUCCUUAACAGCUUUCCCAUGCACAUUGUUCUGUUCUGUGUGUUGCUUGGUGCCGAAGUCAUCCUUGUGACUGAAUGGCUGAUACUCGAUGCUCCUGCCGUUGAUGCAACCUAUGAAGUUAACCGAUUUGGGUGUGAUGUAUUCAUGGGUCAGACAUGUAACCAUGACAAUACCAGCAUCAUCGUUUCGAUGAUAUACGUAUACAUCCUCGUCUUGACGACCUUUGUCAUGUCAUUCUUCUCGUCCAACCGUCUCCGAGGAAUGGCUAAGAAGGAGAACAAAUUCCACCUCCUGACCAGUCUCCUCAGUAUCUGUUUCCUUGUGGCUUGGGCCUGUUGCUACACUCUCCUCCCUCAGAAGAACUACCAGACACCAGCCAUUCUCAUCGGAAUCACUGUUGAUGCUACUGCCAUCUUCCUCUGCAACAUCGUACCCAAGAUGAUGAUUUUCUUCAAUGGGGAUGAAGAUGACAUGUCUGAGGCAUCAGAUGUCACCGAGACCUACAAAGAAAAGUCAGGCUUUGAGAACAAAGGAAUGAACGAAUCUGAUGACCAGACCCCACUCUAGGCAACUGCAACCCUUCUGCACUCUCUUUGAAGGGCUUUCUCACUACAUUUCCGAGUUCCCCCUCUCUAUCAACCACAGUAUUUAUCUUUCCAAAGCACUCCUGCUUCUUUGCGCCUUCUACUAUUCUUACUAUUGAAUAAGAUAUCAUAAGCACAUACUAUAUAUCCAAGAAAUGUUGCCUCAAUUCCUUUUGCAUAUUGUGUAUUGAAAUUACGAAAUUGAGUUGUGUCGAUUAUUUCAUCACAAGAAUUAUAAGUAAAUUGAUAAUGUAAUAAGUGGUGAUUAUACUUUUAUGCUAAAUAAAGUUUAACAAUGUACUAGAGUGAAAUUAAUCUUUGAAUCAAGACAGAACAAAAAGUCAGUAUAUAUGCGAUGUUCAGUACACAUUAUCACCAUGUCCUUAAAAGUACUGUUUUGAAAAAUAACUCUUAACCGAGUAAUCGAUAUUCGUCUUUUAAAAAAGGUUUCAUUUAGUUAAAUGAAUUAAUAAAGUUUUACAUGUGCAACAUUGAAUAACAUCUUCUAAUUUAUACUUAUCUGUUUUCUAUUUUUGUUUAUACUAACAAUAUCAAUCAAUUAAGAGUUCCAUGUACAUGAAAGAUAGCGUGUUUAAAUUUACAGAAUAGCGCUUGAUUCAUUGAAAACAAAUCUACGAAAAUAUGCCGUAAGGUGAAGGUAAUAAAAGUGUAAUUACUUCGUGUAAUUGAUGAAAAAAAUCUGUACAAUAAAGGAUUUGAACAUUGUUUAUAGUAUACAUAUACUUGAAAUUUGAAGGGAUUUAUUUAAAAAUAUAUUUACCAUGCUUCGUGUUUAACUUUUCCAUAAAAUGAAAUAAAAUAAUGAAAAUGCUGUAUAGAAAAAAAUAAUGGUAAACUACAUUCAUUUUCAAGGAGAGUACGUUUUAGAUUUUGCGUUUUAGUAUUAACCUACUAUAUCAUAUAUUUCAUUUGUCAUCAUUGCAUUUAUCUUUUUCUAUUAACAAUUCAAUCAUACAUUUGGCACAAAAUAUAUUCCUUGUUUUAUGAAAUAAUUGAUUUCUUUGGCUGUGAAAGAAAGCGUUAUAAGUAUAAGUAAGAGGAGAUAGAAGUCUUUCAAAUCACUUUUUUUUAUUGUGAUUUCUUAUGUUUUAUAUAAAUAUGCGUAUCAUUGUGCGAUGGGUAUUGUAACAUAUUUUUGUGUAAUGUAAUAAAUUUGGUGGAAGGCUGUUCUUUA